ACUUUUGACCACAAAUAUUGGCUACUUUUCUGGCGCAUAUGGCUUCUUCUGAUGUGGUUCGACAGAUGGACAUGAACGCUCGUCCUCUGGCUCUGUCAGGUCAUGUCGGGUUCGACAGUCUGCCGGAUCAACUAGUCAAGUCAACUAGUCAGGGAUUCUGCUUCAACACCCUCUGCAUCGGAGAAACUGGGAUCGGUAAAUCCACGCUGAUGGACACUCUUUUCAACACCAAUUUUGAGAAUUUCGAGUCGUCUCAUUUUGAGCCGAAGGUGAGGUUGCGAGCGCAGACGUACGAUCUCCAGGAGAGCAACGUUCGUCUGAAGCUCACCGUGGUUAAUACUGUCGGCUUCGGCGAUCAGAUGAACAAACAACAGAGUUACCAGCACAUAGUGGAUUACAUCGACACGCAGUUCGAGUCGUACUUACAGGAGGAGCUGAAGAUCAAGCGCUCGCUCCAUAACUACCACGACUCCAGGAUCCACGCGCGUCUGUACUUCAUCGCUCCGUCCGGACACUCGCUCAAAUCCCUAGACCUGGUCACUAUGAAGAAACUGGACAGCAAGGUCAACAUCAUCCCCGUCAUCGCUAAAGCCGACACCAUCUCCAAGAGCGAGCUGCACAAGUUCAAGAUCAAGAUCAAGAUCAUGAGCGAGCUGGUGAGCAACGGCGUGCAGAUCUACCAGUUUCCCAUCGACGACGAGACCGUGGCCAACAUCAACACCGCCGUAAACGGUCAUCUUCCGUUCGCCGUCGUCGGCAGCACAGAGGAGGUGAACAUCGGGAACAAGAUGCUGAAGGCGAGGCAGUAUCCCUGGGGCGUCGUGCAGGUGGAGAACGAGAACCACUGCGACUUCGUGAAGCUGCGCGAGAUGCUGAUCUGCGUGAACACGGAGGAUCUGCGCGAGCAGACGCACACGCGGCACUACGAGCUCUACAGACGCUGCAAGCUGGAGGAGAUGGGCUUCAGAGACACCGACCCCGAGUGCAAGCCCGUCAGUCUUCAGCAGACGUACGAGGCGAAGCGGCAGGAGUUUGUGGGCGAGCUGCAGAGACGAGAGGAGGAGAUGCGACAGACGUUUGUGCAGAGAGUCAAAGAGAAAGAGUCCGAGCUGAAAGACGCCGAGAGAGAGCUGCAGGGGAAGUUCGAGCAGCUGAAGCGACUGCAUGCGGAGGAGAAGAGCAAGCUGGAGGAGAAGCGCCGGAGUCUGGAGGAGGAGAUGAGCAUCUUCAGCAAGCGCAGAGCUGCCAGCGAGCUCCUGCAGGCGCAGGCCUUCAACACCAGCUCCAACAACAAGAAGGACAAAGAGCGCAAGAAGUGAGUGAAGCCCGUACAGAACAUGUGAGGAGCACUUCUGAAGAAACACAUGGCAACCCUGCAGCACAGGAACUUAUAGUACCAGUGUCUAAUAAAGUGAAAAUAAAAUAUCACACAUUUCAAGAGGAUCAUAAACUAAAUAAAUAAU